AUGAAUCAAAAUCAGCCCUACAUGGAGAUGCACCCGUCCCAUAUGUCGUCUGGUCAGCCCUAUACCCCUCAGUCUGCAACCGCCCCGGGUCUUCCACAUUAUUCUCAAUAUCCACAACCGCAGGUGAUACAGUCAGGUCCCGCUCACUAUGCGCCCUCGCCUCACUCCUACGGACCAUACUCUUACUCGAAUGGAGUUCAGUCACCCCAAUCGGCGACACAACCAUCUUCUGCCCACCAAGUACACCCACAAGCACUUCCUCUUCCUGCUAUGAUGCCCGGCCCUCCCUCACAGCAUGGUUACAUGGGUAGCGGAAGCGCUCCGGGCCACGGCUAUGGCACUCAGCCUGCACACCAAUUUGACCAGACGGGUCAGAUAGCGCCACCUGGGAUGAAGCCUCGCGUGACGGCAACCCUUUGGGAAGAUGAGGGAAGUCUGUGCUUCCAGGUUGAGGCGAAGGGCGUUUGUGUCGCGAGGCGAGAAGAUAAUCACAUGAUUAAUGGCACGAAGCUGCUCAACGUUGCCGGCAUGACGCGAGGGCGACGAGAUGGCAUUCUCAAGAGCGAAAAGGUCCGUCAUGUUGUAAAGAUCGGUCCUAUGCACUUGAAGGGUGUUUGGAUACCGUUCGAUAGAGCGUUGGACUUUGCCAACAAGGAAAAGAUCACGGAUCAGCUCUAUCCACUAUUUGUCCACAACAUUAGCGGGCUGCUCUAUCAUCCCACGAACGAGAGCAGGACAAGUGCAGUGGUUGCAGCUACCGAGAGACGUCGGAUAGACGGUGUCCCCCCUAGGAACGGACAGACCUCACAACCUCCCCCGUUGCAUCAUCACCACUCCAUGCACAGCACUGUUGGCUCGCAAGUACCGCCGACACCACACUCUAUUGCCCCUCACCCUGGUUCUGGACGUCCCAGCCUCGAUCGGGCGCAUACCUUUCCAACCCCGCCCACAAGCGCCUCCAGCGUGAUGGGUAUGGGCAAUCAGGGAAGCUCAUAUGAGUGGGGAGCUGCAACCAUGGGAAGCAGUGUCUCAAGCACUCAGCCUUUGUCGAUUGACACUGGCCUCAGCAAUGCACGAUCCAUGCCCACUACGCCUGCCACCACUCCGCCUGGAAGUUCCAUCUCUAAUAUGCAGCCAUAUCAAGGACAACAAAGCUUCACCGACUCUAAAGCCUAUUAUUCUGGGCCACCUUCGUCUCAAAGUGCCUAUGCGCCUCAUCACACCCCGACUCAACAGAACAUGGCCCGCUUUGGAGGUGCCAUGCCCUCGAAUGCUUACAAGAACGAGAUGGGACCCCCCACCGCUCCUGGAGCAGUCAAUGGCGGCGAUCCCGACCAUCAUGACGUCAAAUCCGAGCAAUAUGCGCAUGGGCACGUAUCCGCGGGCUCGACGGAUGCCGAGACGGACCAGCAACAAGACAACGGCUACAUGGGUGCGAAUGCUUCUGCUUAUAGCAGCAACCGCACCCAAUAUGCUUACAAUCCAUCUCCAAGUGUUGGAACAGUGCAAGGCGAUCAUCCUCAUUUGUCUCCUGAAAUGGCGGGUUCUCCACAUCAGACUGCCUCUGGCCGAGCGACCCCUCGUGGCACCAACGGAACUCAUCAGUGGCAGCAGCAAGGAUACCAAACACCUCCGCGAGCUGCGCCAUCGAGCAAUCUGUACAACGUCAUGAGUGAUUCACGAGGCGCAAAUGGCACGCCUGCAGGUGAUCACUACGCCUCAAACUACACCUCAGCAUCGAUGAACGGAGCUUCGACGUCGAAUAAACGUGCAAGAGAGGAUGAAAACGACAGCGGGCGUACCGACAGUCACGGUAUCGAAUCAGGCUUCGAUCUGAAACGGAGGAAAACCAUUCGUCAAGAUCCAAUGGGCGUACCAAUGGGUCAGAUGUCCAGUUUGCAAGGUAUCAAGACUGGCGGUGGGCUGCCUCGGCAGCGGUGA